ACCCCGGCCUGAGGCAAGAGGGGCAGUGGUGGCUUCCGGCCCCGUCUUCGCUUCACCGCAAGGCCGAAGAAUGAGCCCUGCUGGUACCCAUGAAGGUGCCAUGCCGUGUCAUGUUGUAUCAAGGCUCCUCUUGCACCUCCAGGUGCAAUGGCUGGAUAACAGCCUCUGACCACCAUGCCAGAUGUGGACAGAUGUUCUUAACCAGAGAGAAUACACUCUGUGAUACUGGAGCAACAUCCACCAGACUGUCUCAUGUGAAACUUUACGCAUUGACAAGUCAAGUUAUCAAUGGGGAGAUGCAGUUCUACGCCAGGGCCAAACACUUCUACCAGGAGGUGCCAGCCACAGAAGAGGGCAUGAUGGGAGACUACAUUGAGCUCUCCAAUACAGACAUUGAAUCCUCCCAGGAGUUUCUCAGGAAGUUUGUUGGGGGAGUGGGGAAAGCUGGUACCAACCGUGCCCUGGACUGCGGCUCUGGGAUAGGUCGUAUCAGCAAGCAUGUCCUGUUACCAGUUUUCAAGAGCGUGGAACUGGUGGAUAUGAUGGAGAAUUUCCUGGCUGAGGUCCCAAACUACCUACAGGGCAAGGAGGACAGAGUAGAGAUGUAUUAUUGUAAAAGCCUCCAGGAAUUCACUCCAGCCCCACAAAGAUAUGAUGUCAUCUGGAUUCAGUGGGUUUCAGGAUAUCUGACAGAUAAAGAUCUCCUGCACUUUCUAAUCCGGUGCCAGAAUGGCUUGAAGGAUAAUGGUGUCAUCAUUCUCAAGGACAAUGUAGCCAGGGAGGGCUGUGUCCUGGAUUGUCUGGAUAGCAGUGUGAUCAGAGACCUGAAUAUCAUCCACAGCCUCAUUGAAAUGAGUGGACUCACUAUCCUACGAGAGGAGAGGCAGGAGGGAUUCCCUGAGCAGUGUGUCCCAGUAUGGAUGCUGGCCAUGCAGAAAGACCCUGGACAUUCCUGAUUGUGUACUGAGGCUGCAGAGACUGGACUAUGGAUGAAGCCCAGGACUGGGAAAGAGAAAAGCAGCUGAGUCCUCCUAACCAUUCACUGCUACGACUGCAGCUCUAGGGCAGCAACUGCUGAAAGAUCAGGAGAGAAUCACAAUGGAGCUUCUUCAGGGAAAAGUCUUUUUCUUAAUCCUACCUGCUUCAUCAUUCUCUCCAUCUUUAAAAGCAUUUCUAACAGCUCCUAGCCUAGCCAGAUCUCUCUUUCAUUAAGAAGUCAAUACUGGAUAAAAUCAAAUCAUAGAAUAUAUUUAGAUCUGACAUUUCUGUAGUGGCUAAUACAUUUUGGAGUGUUCUGUAUGAGAUGUUAACAAGUAAGCCUGCUUUUCACUAUGGCACUUAAAUGUCUUUGGACUUUAAGAAGGAUCUCUCAGAUGACUGAAGCAGGAAAUUCAGAUAACUUCUGGAACACCUAACCCAAAUUUUACUGCCGUGACUAUCUGUACUUCAGAAUAUUUCAGCCAAAAGUGUUAAGGGAAGUUUUAACCACUGUUGCCGUCAGCUAUUCAGUUUUGGGGGUUUUGAGUGUUUUUUGGUUUGGGUUUUUUUUCCAUUUCUGUCAGUUUAGACAGUAAGACAACCUGGUCCAUUUUGCACUUCUAGGAACUACUUUAUCUUCCUGAUGUUUCCACUGUAGAACAGUAGUGGUGCAUAAGGGAUUUUGGACUCCAGGGGAAAACUUAACUGACAAAUACAUGCAUGUUUGCACUGAAAUUUUGGGCAAAAGCUUGCCCCCACAAAUUACACUCUGGAAAAUAUUUUUCAAAAUGUUCACAAUGGAAACCACUUGAAAGCUUCUCUUUAUUAUUCAUAUCACUGUAAAUUUUUUUCUUUCCCAUAUUCAGAACAAGUGUGGCUCCAGAUGCAGAGCUGAUGGGAUUUCAUGAGGUGUUAAUAGUAAGACCUAAGAAGAACUAAUACAGUAUUGUAUUAACAACUGUGCUGAACUGCAAAGGGUAUUAGUGUAACCCAAAAGCAUCCAUGAUUUAUAUUCCAACAGCACUUGGAUAAUCCUGGAUUCAAAAAUAACACUCAUGUCAUCUUCUUAAGGCUCAUAGAAACUACACAUUAAGCUUCUUAUCCCCUUCAUAGAGGCACAGAUAGUGGUGCAGGAAGGCAGGAGUUUGUUUUGCAAGAACCAACCAACCAACCAAAUAAAAAGGCAGACUUUGAAGUUUUGUUUCAUUCUGCAUGAGGAUGAGAAGGGAGAAUUUUGAAAUUCUUUAGAGGAAAACCACACAACCACAGAUUUUGCAAGUUGAUUAAAAUUUUUCAAUCCAUCAAAAUUGAAUGCAACUCUUGAGUUGGACAUCUAAAAUAAUUUGUGCUAAAAAUGUUACGAGAUGCAGUAGAGAGCAAAUUAAAGUUGGCUUGUUUGGAAUACUACAAAUCAAUUGUAACAUUAGAAUGGGCACUCCUGGCUCCAUCAGAGUCUUUAUUGUGUUUCAUUCCCCUGAAAUGCAGUUCUGGCAAAAUUUAUCUGACUUUACAGAGUUGCAUUAUGACAAAACUCUACAUUCUGAUAGAGAUGUGCUCUAUAAAAUAUCCUCCAUGUGACUGUAGGCACAGUUAUCUGUGUCAGAUACUGACAUCUGUGUUAGAUUAACUGACAUCGAAAAUAACGAGAUAGGGACACCUCUCAGCUGGAUUUUAGCACACUUUGCUAUCCUUUGAUGACAAAUCUCCAGUUUUGGUUUUACUUGCAUAACUUGUCUUCUCCCCAGCAGUAUGCUUGCAUACGUUGGGAAUCGCAUCCUGGGCUUCAUCAAAAGCUGCAUUGCCAGCAGAUCCAAAGAGGUGAU